CAGACAUAUCACAAUGCGGUUCCUAUUCGUUCUUGUCUUCGGCGUGCUCUUGUGCCUUGUCCAGGCUCAGGAUGAGACCACCACUACCACCGCCGCCUCCUCAGACACCACCACUACCACCGCCGCCUCCUCCGACACCACCACUACCACCGCCGCCUCCUCCGACACCACCACUACCACCGCGUCCUCCUCCACCAAGUCCCCUUCGGCGGCGGAGGCCAAAAGGCGCAGACGAGCCCGCCGCCGUCGCCUGGCUCGGGAGCGCCAGCGCCGCGAGCGCAGGAGGCAGCGCAGGACUGAGAGGCUGCGCCUGCAACUGGAGAACCAGCGCCGUCUGAUCAACCAGCUGCGCGGAUAGGUGAAGCGGGUGCAGAUGCCUUUGAAAUUAAAGCAAUAUAUAAUAUUUCCUUGGGUUCUUUAAUGGAAAAACCAGCAUGCAACAAGCAAUAGGGCUACAAGUAUAACAAAACAUGAAUUUAAGUCAAGAGCCAUUCAAUAUGGAAAGCAUACCUUUUCACCAUCGUACAUGCGUUUAUGUUAAAGACCAAUAAAGCUACAUAUGUC